AUGGCGCGAAGUCCUAACAUCAUCUUUAUCAUGGCUGAUGACCAUGCCUCAAAAGCAAUCAGUUGCUAUGGUACCGGUAUCAACCAAACGCCGAAUAUCGAUCGGCUGGCUACCGAAGGGAUGCUCUUCAACCAUUGCUACGUUACCAAUUCUAUAUGCACACCAUCAAGAGCAGCCAUUUUGACCGGAACUCACAACCAUGUCAACGGCGUUAUGACUUUGGACGACUCCAUCAACAAGCAUCUCCCGAAUGUGGCCAAGCAUCUUCGAUCUUCUGCUGGGUAUCGUACCGCCAUGUUUGGCAAGUGGCAUCUGGGAGAAGGCAGUCGUCAUGAGCCUACAGGCUUCGAUGAGUGGUCAGUACUGCCAGGCCAAGGUGAAUACUGGGAUCCGACAUUCCAUAAUCCCGAAGGAAGCACCGUCGAGCAAGGCUACGUCACUGACAUUAUUACGGAAAAGUCUUUGGACUGGAUCGAACAAGGUCGAGAGUCUGCCAAGCCAUUCUUCCUGAUGUGCCAUCACAAGGCGCCUCAUCGGACUUGGGAAUGUGACGAUAAGCAUAAAGACCUCUAUACCGAUCCCGUGCGAAUUCCAGAGACCUACAACGACGAUUACAAGAACAGAGCGAAGGCGGCGAAAGCGGCGAAAAUGCGAGUAGCUGAAGACAUGACCUACCAGGACCUAGGCCUUGUUCAGCCGGAUGGAGGUGCACGAGUGGGAUCAAAGGUCUCGCUGGACUUCGGCGAUGCUCAGCGCAAGGUCCCGGCGAAUGCAACGAAGCUGAUCGACAAAGACACGGGGACAGUCUAUCGUUUUGGCAGUGAGAAAGAACUAUCCGAGUUCAAGUUCCAACGUUACAUGCAGAGGUACCUGCGUACGAUUCAAUCAAUUGACGACAACGUCGGUCGAACGCUGGAUUACCUGGACAAGAACGAUCUUGCCAAAGAUACGGUUGUCAUUUACACUUCGGACCAAGGCUUUUUUCUGGGAGAACAUGGGUGGUUUGACAAGCGCUUCAUGUACGAGGAGUCUUUCCAGAUGCCGUUCCUGAUUCGAUAUCCAACGGAGAUAGCCGCCGGCUCAACAUGCAACGACAUCAUCUGCAACGUUGAUUUCGCGCCAACGUUUCUGGAUUUUGCAAACUCGCGGAUCCCCAGCUACAUGCAAGGGCUGUCCUUCCGCUCGCUUCUUCGCGGUGCUACUCCUCCGAAGUGGCAACAAGUUGCAUACCACCGCUAUUGGAUGGACAAUGAUAUCAUUCACGAGGCUCGAGCACACUACGGAGUGCGCGAUCAACGGUACAAGCUUAUCUACUGGUAUAAAGAAGCUCUGGGCGUGGCAGGCGCCCGGCCUGGAGGGGAGAGCGAGAAGGAGUGGGAGCUGUUCGACUGUGAGAAGGAUCCGCUGGAGCUUUUCAAUGUGUACGGAGAGGCAGAUUAUCAAGCUGUGCUGAAGAAGAUGACAAGAAUGCUGGAGGACAAGAUGGAGGAAAUUGGCGACACUCCGGUGCAUCAGCUUGAAGGCCAGUAA